AUUAUGCAUCAGGUGCUCACGCCUGCCCAGCUGAGUGGGUAUGGGCAAUUUCCCCCAAAACGUAGGGGAGGCCUUGGUACAGCAAUGAACGUUUUAAGCUGAGCAAGUUCCAAUUGGUUGACUUAAAUAUGUAUGUCGGAAGUUGAGAUAACAUGAAAUGUAAGAAAACAUGCCUGUAGUUCUGUGCCUACGUCCGGCGACUGGUGUUGCGUAGUUUCGCGACUGAACUGGGUGAGGAGGGGCGCGCGGGGUGCGCGGGGAGGACUAGUCUGUCAACACAGCACUGCUGUCACAGCACCGUGUAUAAUGAUGGUAUAAUGUAAUGAGCACCUGACAAAAUAAUUAAUGUUUAAUGUGACGACAAAAAUACGUUGAGUAUGUAAAUCCAUGCGAUGGAACAAUGAUUUAGCGAGACAAGAUCGACAGCGCGGUCGAGCAGGACGCGGCGAUGUAUUCGCUGGUGAUGCUGGUGCUGGCGGCCACGGUCAGUGGCGCGCUGUGCGGCGCAGACCCUCAAACUGUCGAGUUUAAGCUCGGCGGAUACAAGAUACAGGUGCCUCUGAACCGCGCCCUCCACGUGCCGCGCGUGCGGAGCGCGGAGACGCACUCGCCCGUGCCGCUGCUGGCCGAGCUGCUGGCGUCGGCGGCGCACUCGGCCACCGCGGCCCCCGACCACUCUCAGCACCCCAAGCUCCAUCCUCCUCAUAACUCGCUUCCUAAACCUAGUUCACCAAACCAACAUGAUCCAAUACAACAACUGUUUUAUCACCACCCUGAGCGACUAGCUCAAAACUAUACCUCAAAGCAGCACAAUUACCCUUCCGCCCCUCAGAAUAACUUGCCAGUAUCACAACUUCAUUCCACAGGACUUCAUUCGGCCACACAGCUUUCUCACAAUUUUUAUGAUUCAAGAUUGCUGAAAAAUGAUGUCCUACGUUCUUCUGAUCCACUGUAUCUAAUGGUACAUCAUGAAAAUAAAUAUCCAAACUAUCCAGAACAUCACACCCUGACCCAUAAAAAUUUAGAAACGGGCGAAAACUACAAACCGCAUAAGCCUUCAUAUUCUCUAAAUGUGGAAGCGGCGCACGCGGCUACCGCACCCCGCCUCGCCCCGCUGCCGCCGGCGCCGCCGCGCCAGCCGCCGCGCCAGCCGCUCGACAGCGUGCUGAGCGUGUCGGCGGACCCAGUGACGACAAAUAGAAUUUCAUCUUCAAACAACUCCGGAGAUACUACGUCGAGUACAGCACUCACAGCUACCGACUCUUCAGAUGACACCACGUCGAGUGCAGCACUCACAGCUACCGAGGCUUCAGAUGACACCACGUCGAGUGCAGCACUCACAGCUACCGACGCUUCAGAUGACACCACGUCGAGUGCAGCACUCACAGCUACCGAGGCUUCAGAUGACACCACGUCGAGUGCAGCACUCACAGCUACCGACUCUUCAGAUGACACCACGUCGAGUGCAGCACUCACAGCUACCGAGGCUUCAGAUGACACCACGUCGAGUGCAGCACUCACAGCUACCGAGGCUUCAGAUGACACCACGUCGAGUGCAGCACUCACAGCUACCGAGGCUUCAGAUGACACCACGUCGAGUGCAGCACUGACAGCUACCGAGGCUUCAGUUGACACCAUGUCGAGUGCAGCACUCACAGCUACCGAGGCUUCAGAUGACACCACGUCGAGUGCAGCACUCACAGCUACCGAGGCUUCAGAUGACACCACGUCGAGUGCAGCUCUCACAGCUACCGAGGCUUCAGAUGACACCACGUCGAGUGCAGCUCUCACAGCUACCGAGGCUUCAGAUGACACCACGUCGAGUGCAGCACUCACAGCUACCGAGGCUUCAGAUGACACCACGUCGAGUGCAGCACUGACAGCUACCGAGGCUUCAGAUGACACCACGUCGAGUGCAGCACUCACAGCUACCGAGGCUUCAGAUGACACCACUUCGGGUGCAGCACUGACCUCUACCGAGGCUUCAGAUGACACCACGUCGAGUGCAGCACUCACAGCUACCGAGGCUUCAGAUGACACCACUUCGGGUGCAGCACUGACCUCUACCGAGGCUUCAGAUGACACCACGUCGAGUGCAGCACUCACAGCUACCGAGGCUUCAGAUGACACCACGUCGAGUGCAGCACUGACAGCUACCGAGGCUUCAGAUGACACCACGUCGAGUGCAGCACUCACAGCUACCGAGGCUUCAGAUGACACCACGUCGAGUGCAGCUCUCACAGCUACCGAGGCUUCAGAUGACACCACGUCGAGUGCAGCACUCACAGCUACCGAGGCUUCAGAUGACACCACGUCGAGUGCAGCACUGACCUCUACCGAGGCUUCAGAUGACACCACGUCGAGUGCAGCACUGACCUCUACCGAGGCUUCAGAUGACACCACGUCGAGUGCAGCACUCACAGCUACCGACGCUUCAGAUGACACCACGUCGAGUGCAGCACUCACAGCUACCGACGCUUCAGAUGACACCACGUCGAGUGCAGCACUCACAGCUACCGACGCUUCAGAUGACACCACGUCGAGUGCAGCACUCACAGCUACCGACGCUUCAGAUGACACCACGUCGAGUGCAGCACUCACAGCUACCGAGGCUUCAGAUGACACCACGUCGAGUGCAGCACUCACAGCUACCGAGGCUUCAGAUGACACCACGUCGAGUGCAGCACUGACAGCUACCGAGGCUUCAGGUGACACCACGUCGAGUGCAGCACUCACAGCUACCGACGCUUCAGAUGACACCACGUCGAGUGCAGCACUCACAGCUACCGACGCUUCAGAUGACACCACGUCGAGUGCAGCACUCACAGCUACCGACGCUUCAGAUGACACCACGUCGAGUGCAGCACUCACAGCUACCGAGGCUUCAGAUGACACCAUGUCGAGUGCAGCACUCACAGCUACCGACGCUUCAGAUGACACCACGUCGAGUGCAGCACUCACAGCUACCGAGGCUUCAGAUGACACCACGUCGAGUGCAGCACUCACCACUACAGACGCAUUAAAUGACACUGCCCUAGCCACCACAAACGCACUAAUGGCAUUAUUAUCCCCCACAAUACUUCUAUCUCCAGACACCCGUCAAACGCCAGUUCAGAUUGGAACUCAAAUUCAGUCAGCAACAACAGACGAAGAGGAAACAGCAUCUCAACCUCCGAACAUAACCAAGUCAUCACAAGUUGUUGCAAGACCGGGCAAACUUACGGAUGAAAUUGUUCCCGCUGGCGAUUUGACAGAGUCGAGUGUGAGGCGCGCCACGCGCCGCCCGAGGCUGCGCUCCUCGAGUCACAGGCGCCGCCCUCGCCGCCCUCGCCGCCCUCGCCGCCCUCGCCGCCCUCGCUGUAGGCCGAGUCAAUCUCGUUCUAAAGGAAAAAUGAAUCGCAGAAGGAAUAUGGCUGGCCUACAUCGCCAGCACAAUACGGACAUACAGCGCCAAUGAGCUCGCACUCGUCCGCCACGCGCCUGCCACGCGUCCACCGCGCGUCAUCCACGCGCACUCCGCACUCUACACAAGAGACACUAGAGAAAUUGAACAAUAAAAACAUUGUGCUGAA